AUGUUGCCUCUCCUGAUUGCUUGCCUGCCUCUGGCCAAUGCCUUUGUGACACAAUCUGUACUCCAAAAAUCGUCCACUGGAGCACGCCCACAACACCAAAUACCAUUGCAAGGCAUUGACGCUGAUGAAUGGGAGUCAGACUUUGAUGACUUUGACGACAGCAAUGACGAUGUCUUGAAACUUUCCGAUGUUCUCCAGUCCAGAGGAGCCGACGAUUUGUCAGCGUGUCGGUCCAGGCAGCUCUCACUUGGCAGAGACUUUGUGCUUUCUGACUUUGUGGGUAACAUGGGCUUUGAUGAAGUGACAGACUGGGAGUACUACUACGAAAAUGAAGACGACGAGAACGACCGAAAAGUGGUCCAACCCAAUCCCUUUGAUUCCGCCACUCCAAGGAGAACGCGAUCCAGCAGUGGGUCUGUGAUCCGCCUCUUUCGAGGAGAGCUGGUAGGACCCCUCGGAGGCAGCCUGUCAGCACAAGGAUACGAUCGAAGAGUCUUGAUUAAAGAAUUCUCUGGUGACAUGGCCAUGGAACUGGCUCGAAACGAACUAUUUGCCAUUGCCAAACUACAAUCCAACCUCUUGCGAAACGAACAAAGUGCUCAAGACGGAGAUUGGUACCGAGCGGCGUCGUCUCGAUCGGUCAUGGAACGACAAGACAACAACAAUGUGGCACGCCUAAUGCAUCUCCUCCGAGACAGUCCGUUUGUGGGUAUUCUGGGAGAAUGCAACCUGGCAGAAAUUGACGACAUGGAUCCCAAUGAAUUCUACAGAGCCAUGAGUGUCAAACCACCCAAACCCAGCGCCAUUUGGAUCAUUUACGAAUAUCCCGGCAUGGCCAGUGUGGCCAACUAUGCGCAACCUGCCGAAUUGAGACGACAAGCCAUUCCUCCCAAAAAGGGUUUCUUUGGAGCCGUCGAUCCACCGCCGUUGCCAAAAUUUGAACAACGCGCCAACUACGUCGUCAAGGGCAUUCUCAAGGGGGCACUGGAAGCCAUGGCACUGCAACACGAUGUUGGAUUGGUGCAUCGGAGUAUCGGACGAAGCAGUAUCUUGCUGUCUUCGAAAGCCAUGGACAAACGGGAAGCGUCCUCACCCUACACGACAUUCUUGUCACAGCUGCACAUCAAAAUGGCCGAUUUUGGAUUCGCGGGUUUGUUGGAAGCGUCCGCGGACGACCCCGAGUUUUGUACCCGUGCACGAACAUUUGGCUUGUCCUUUGCCAAAGGGGAACGGUCCAUUGCCGUCGCCAACUUUGCCAUUGCCGAAGACAUGCAUGCUUUGGGAUUUGUGGCGGUGGGAUUGCUCUUGUCGUCGCUUGCCGAAAUCAAGAGUGUCAAUGAUCCGGUCCCGGCGACGGACGAAGAUACACUCCAACGAUUGCUGGGAGAUAUUUUUGACAAGGAUAUCGCCCAAUUCCGAGAAUACGUCGAAGCCGAGGAAGUCUGGGCCAAUCUUGUGGAACUGCUAGACAGAAAUGACAGUGCGGGUUGGAAAGUCCUGGAGACUCUAUUCAUGGCCAGGGAGCGCGCUGCCAAGUUCAAAGACAGUGAGCUAAUUCUGACAGCGAGGGGGUUACUGUCCAGUCCGUUCUUUGAAUGA